AUGUUUGGCAGCACUGGCUUUGGUGGUGGUGGUGGCUUCGGCCAACAGCAACAGCAACAACAACCAUCCGUAUUCGGUCAACAACAACAACAACAACCUGCAUUCGGUGGUGCAGCAGGGGGUGGUGGUUUUGGCUCUACCCCGACAUCGACAGCAUUUGGAGGUACUGGCACAAGUGCAUUCGGUCAAUCAGCUCAAACACCUGCGUUUGGCUCGGGUACUACAGGUGGUUUCGGUUCAAACACUGGCUCAGCCUUUGGUUCAAGUGGAGGCACUUCAGCCUUUGGUGGUACUUCAGCUUUUGGUUCAGCUCAACAACAACCUGCAUCCACUGGAUUUGGUGGUAGCACCGGCGGUUUCGGAUCAUCUACGGGAACAACAGGAUUUGGAUCGACAAGUGGUACAUCUACUGGUGGUGGUCUAUUUGGACAAAGCCGGCCAACUACAGGAUUUGGUGCAGCAUCUUCAACGCCAAGUGUAUUUGGUGGUGGCGCUACUACGGGUACAAGUGCAUUUGGUGCUCAACCUCAACAACAACAAUCAGCAUUUGGUGGUAUGGGAGGAUCCACUUCAGCAUUUGGACAAGCGGCAGGUGCUGCUGGUAGCAACCAAGGCACUGCUGUAGCCGAUUUUGCACCCACUCAAGAUCGUGAUGUCGCUUCGGGUACCAACAACUUUUUCCAAACCAUCACUGCAAUGCCACAAUACAAGAACUUUUCUGUUGAAGAAUUACGUUUACAAGAUUAUUCUCAAAAUCGAAAGACGGCAGGUGCUGCAGGUGCUGCUACUACUGGCUUUGGUGCUCCUGCAGCAGGUGGUGGUGGUGCAUUUGGCAGUACAACGACGGGUGGAUUUGGUCAACCUAGCACAACACCUUUUGGUCAACAACAACCAGCUGCAACAAGCGCCUUUGGUCAACCUCAAACAUCCACUGGCUUUGGUGCGGGCAAUACAGGAACGGGAUUAUUUGGUCAACCAGCAGCAUCUUCAGGCACUUCAGCAUUUGGUUCAACGACGGCAUCCACUGGAUUUGGUUCAACAGGCAGCACAGGCUUUGGCAGUGGUGCUGGAGGAUUUGGUGCUUCGGCUGCUCCUAAACCCUUAUUUGGAUCUUCUCAACCUGCUACUGGUGGAUUUGGUGCAACUACAUCGACACCUGCAUUUGGACAACAACAAACUCAAACACCAGGUUUUGGACAACAACAGCCACAACAACAACAAACUGGAUUUGGUGGAUUCGGUCAAAAGCCUGCUGGCACUACCACCACACCUGGAUUUGGUGCUCCAGCUGCUACGGGUGGAUUUGGCACAGGUGGAUUUGGUGCAACAGCUACUAGUAAGCCUGCCACGGGUGGAUUUUCAUUCAACACUCCAGGCCAAACGGGUACAACCUCUACUGGAUUUGGUGGAUUUGGUGCUUCUACGGGUGCUACGGGUGGAUUUGGUGGUGCUCAAACAUCUCAACCAGGUGGCACAAGUCUUUUUGGUGCUAAUAAGCCUGCUACAUCGACACCUUCACUCUUUGGUGCUACUCAACCUGCAGCUACGGGUGGAUUUGGAGCAACGGGACAAACCAACACUGGUUUUGGAUCCACUGGAUUAUUCGGUGCCAACAAGCCUGCAGGUACCACACCUAGUCUUUUCGGCAACACGCAAGCAGGAACCACAGGUUUUGGUGGAUUUGGUGCAACACAGCAACAGCAACCUCAAAACAGCUUUACAUUGCCUACCAGUGGUGGUUUGACAUCAUUUGGUACUAUGCAACCAGGUCAACAAAAUCAACAACCUUUGGUUGCCACUGUCGACAAGAAUCCUUAUGGUUCCAAUCCCCUCUUUGAUACGAGCAAGCAAGGGUUGGUAGGUGGUGUUGCUGGUGGUGGCAUCAAGACUGGUCCUAGUGCUGUGGCCCUUGAAGAUACCAAGAAGCCCACUGCGCCUCAUUAUCCCAUGUCGCCUCGUGUGGUCUCCAAGAUUAAGCUUCGUGGAUUUACAUUUACGCCUACUCCCAAGCAAUCCACCAACAAACGCAUGAGUGCACUUGAAGGCAUUAGCGAUGAUGCUGUUCUCGGUGAAGGUGCCUUUUCCCCUCGUUUUGGCAACAAGAAGCUUAUCUUUAAGAAGGGUGUCAAUCCAACGGAUGUGGAUUCUUUGAUCAGCAAAACGAAUGAUCACCCACGUGUCCUCUUUGAUCCAAAGUCGGAACUUGCUGCGGCUGCAGCCAAGAAAACUUCCAGCCCAUUGAUGUCAACUAGUAAAAACAGCAGCAGCAGUCCAUCCGCUGGCUUGACCACCUCUAAUACUACUACAACAACAACUACUACUACUCAAGCAGCUGCCGGCCCAUCGUAUGUAUCAGCAAGUGAAAAGGAAGGCUAUUACUUGUCACCCACAGUGGAAGCAUUGCAAGGCAUGACCCAGGAUGAAUUGAAGCAUGUUGAAAAGUUUACAGUGGGACGUCGUGGUUACGGUGAAGUCAAGUUUGAUGUGCCUGUUGAUUUAUCAAAGAUCGAUCCACAUGAUAUUAUGGGCAAGUUGGUGGUCAUUGCUGAAAAGAGGGUCAUUGUUUAUCCCGAUGAAGUUGAAAAGGCUCCUCAAGGCACUGGAUUGAAUGUACCUGCCACUGUACGAUUGGAGAAAUGCUUCUCUACGGAUAAGGAUACCAAGAAACCCAUCACUGAUCCAGAACAUCCUCGCUUCAAGCUCUUUAUUGAAAGACUUCGCGCUCGCCCAGGUGUUGAAUUUAUUGAUUACGAUAUAGAAUCAGGAACCUGGACUUUCCAUGUUGAAAGCUUUUAA